AUGGCUACUGGCACGAAGCGGAUCAAGGGCAUAAGCAUUACGCGUCCAAUCUAUUAUGGAAAUAAUGCACUUCCUCUGACUGGAAAGAAAGCCAAUGACUCUGACCAUACUCACAAAUGGACAGUGGCCGUUCGAGGCUUAGGAAAUGACGAUCUUAGCUAUUAUAUAAAAAAAGUGACCUUUAAGCUUCAUGAAACCUACCCGAAUUCCCUUAGAACUAUUGAACAACCACCUUUUGAAUUACAAGAGACUGGCUGGGGUGAAUUUGAGAUUCUCAUCAAGAUCCAUUUUCAUCCUGCGGCAAGUGAGAAACCAGUCUCACUUUAUCACCACCUACGUCUUCAUCCUUAUGAAGAUGAUGUAUCUGGUCAACCUUGGCCAAAAGAGAAACCAGUAACAAGUUACUCUUAUGAUGAGCUGGUGUUUAAUGAACCUACAGAGGCAUUUUAUCAAAUAUUGUCUGACAAUAAUGCACUCUCACCUAAUCUUCCUGUUAAGAAAUCAAAAGACAGCAAUAUUCCUCAGUUCAGUGUUCAGAUGGAGCACGAGGAAUUAGAUCGAUUAAACGCUGCCCAACGUGAGGUUCAUUCACAAACGAUGGCUCUCAAGCAGCGUAUGUUGGUCAUGGAACAAGAGAAUUACUCUACCAAAGCUUGA